AUGGAGGGCUGCAUGGGGGAGGAAUCCUUUCAGAUGUGGGAGCUCAACAGGCGCCUGGAGGCCUACCUGGCCCGGGUCAAAGCGCUAGAGGAGCAGAACGAGCAGCUCAGCGCGGAGCUCGGGGGGCUCCGGGCGCAAUCCGGGGACGCUUCCUGGCGGGCGCGUGCCGACGACGAAAUCUCCAAGCCCCUCACAGCCCCCCUCGCCCCUGACAGGGAGCUGGCGGUGGAGGCCCUGGAGCAGGAGAAACAGGGCCUGCAGAGCCAGAUCGCCCAGGUCCUGGAAGGUCGACAGCAGCUGGCACACCUCAAGAUGUCCCUCAGCCUGGAGGUGGCCACGUACAGAACCCUCCUGGAGGCUGAGAACUCCCGGCUGCAGACACCUGGUGGUGCUUCCAAGGCUGCCCUCGGCUUCCAGGAGCUGCAGUUCCUUGGGACCCCAGAGGGCCGGCGUCUUGGACCCUUGCUCCCAGUCGUAAGCCCGACUGUCCUCCCCUCACCCCUGCCGGCCACCCUUGAGACACCUGUGCCAGCUUUUCUGAAGAGCCGGGAAUUCCUCCAGGCCCAUACCCCCACCUUGGCCAGCACCCCCAUCCCACCCACAUCUCAGGCUCCCUGUCCUGCCACGGAGGCAGAGAUCAAAGGCCAGGAUGCCCCUCUCUCCCUGUUCCAGACUCAGGGUGGGAGGCAGCAGGGUCCAGAGCCCCUUUGGGCUGAGGCCAAGGAGGCCAUUCCUGCCAGUGUCCAGCCAGGGCCAGAGGAGCCUGGGGGCACACAGCAAGAGGCUAGCACAGGCCAGUCCCCAGAGGACGCUGUUUCCUCAGCCCCACCCCUCAGCCCUGACCACUCCAGUUUAGAGGCUAAGGAUGCAGAACCCAGGGGGUCUAGAGUGUCCAGCAUAUUCCAGGAAGAAAGUGAAGGGCAAAUCUGGGGACCAGUAGAGAAAGAAACAGCCACAGAGGGCAAAGCAGUAAGCAGUGAGCAGCAAAAAGUAUGGAGAGAAGAGGGAGUUGUGAACGUGAAGGAGGCCCCGGACUCCUGGCUUCCUGUGGACAAGGAAACCCUGGAGUCUCUGGGAGAGAAGAUUCAGGAGCCACUGAAAACCGGGGAAAACCUGGGCCAUGAGACACUAGAGAAGGGGAAUAAGGAAUCUCUGCAGGCUUUAGGAGAAAACUUAGAAACACAACAAAGUCCAGAAAAGGAAAGUCAAGAGCUAUUGAAGCCUUUAGAAGAAAAGGAUGUGGAGGCAAUGAGCCCUUUAGAAAAGGCAACUCCAGAGCUACUGAUGCCCACAGGAAAAGAGGACACACAGACACUGCAGUCCUUAGAGAAUCAGGAACAAGUGAGAUCUCUUGAAGGUCAUCCAGAGACAGUUUCACUUCCAGGAAAGGAAAGCCAGGAAUUAGUAAGUUCUCUAGAAGAGAACUUAGAGUCACUGACAACUCUAGAAAAGGAGGAUCAAGAGCCACUGAAAUCUCAAAAAGCAGAGGACCAGAAGACAUUGAAGCCUCUGACAGAAGAGAACCAGGAAUCCCUGAGGCCUCUCAAAGAUGAGAACCAAGAGGACUUUAGCCCUCUAGAAAGAGAAAACCAGGAACCACUAAAGUCUCUAGAGGAAGAGGACCAGAAGAUCGUGAGACCUCCAGAAAAAGGGAACCAGGAAUCACUGGGGUCUCUAGAGGAAGAAGACCAGGAGAUUGACCAAGAAACAUUGAGACCUCUUGAAAAAGACACUCAGCAGCCACUGAGCUCUCUGGGGGAAGAAGGCCAGAUGACUUUAAGACCUACAGAGAAAGUGGAUUCAGAGCCAUUGAUGUCUCUUGGAAAAGAGAAUCAAGAAGAACUAAAGUCACUAAAAGAAGAGAGCAUGGAGGCAGUACGACCCUUAGAAGCAGACAACCUAGAAUCACUGAAGUCUGCAGAAGAGAACCUGGAGAUAUUGAAAUCUCUAGAAACUCAAGAGCCACUGUGGUCUCUAGAAGGAAUGAAUCAGGGGACAAUGAAAGCUCUAGAAAAGGAAAUUCAAGAACCACUGGGGUCUGUGGAGGAGAACCAAGCCACAUGGAGGCUCCUAGAAAAGGAGAACCAGGGACCACUGAGACCUCUGGGAGCAGAGGGCCUAGAGGAUCGGAGAUCUCCAGAAGAGGGAGACAAGGAAAGUCCAAGGAAUCUGGAAGAGGAAGAGAACCUGAGGAACGGGGAGAAUCAAGAGUCUCAGGAGAUGCCACGCUCUGCAGAUGGACAGGGGUGGGAAGGUGUGGUGGUGAGGGACCAAGGACUGGGUCAGGACAGCCCCUCAGGAAGGGCCGGAGUAGAAAAUGAGGAUGAGGAAGAGCCGGCCCUGGGGGAGCAGGAUUACUUUGCUGGGAAGGCGGAGGUGGUAGAGCCAGGAGAGUUACAGCCAAGUGCCACAGGGGAGGCCUGGACCCCAGAUGAGGGGUGCCUGGGGAGCCCUGAACCCAAAGAACAGAGGGGCUCAGCUGGGGGAGCUGGUGAGAAGGGAGGCGCAGAGAGCCUCCAGGACCAGGCAGGGCAACCAGAACAGGUGGGGACCCCGGGCCUCCCGGCUCCUGGAGGAAUGCCAGAGUUGAUAGAGCCCCUGAGCGAAGUUGAGCAUGCAGUCCCCCCGGGUGACCAAGACUUCCUGGAGGCCACCUUGGGGUCAGAGCCAGUCGUGAGUGAGUGUGCUGUGGGAGCUGAGCAGGGAGAGGAACCGGAGGUGGCAGGGCUGGAGCACCCAGGCCACCUGGCCAGAGAGCAAGUGACGGAGUCACUGCCGGGAGAGGAAAGUUUGGAGGCAGAGAGGGCUCAAGGCUUGGAAGGGCCUGAAAAGGGCCUAGAGGAGGCAGAGCCCCUGGAGGCCGCACUCUCUCAACUACCCGUUGGGAGCAGAGACCCCCUGGAGCCUCCCAAGGGCUGGGAGGGGCCCGAGCCUGAGGCCCCCUGGGGAGCAGAGGAGAUGCUCCCCGCUGAGACCUCAGGCUGUGAUGGAAGUGAGGCCCUUCAGCCUCAGCCCCUGGGGUCAGAGGAUGCGGAAGAGGGUGCACCAGCAGUGCUGGGCCCCCCCAGCCCAAUACCCACCCCAAUCCUGGAAGAUGCUCCUGGGCUCCAGCCCCACACUCAGGGGAGCCUGGAGACCAGCUGGGGGCUGGAGGGCAGGGCUGAGGCCCUGGGAAAAGUGGAGGGUGAACAGGAGGAGUUGGGCUCUGGGGAGAUCCCUGAGGGCCUCCAGGAGGAGGGGGAGGAGAGCAGAGAAGAGAGCGCCGAUGAGCUUGGGGAAACCCUUCCUGACUCCACGCCCCUGGGCCUCUACCUCAGGUCCCCUGCCUCCCUCAAGUGGGACCCUGCCGGAGAGCAGAGGACCUCCCUUCAGGGGGAGACUGGAAAGGAAGGCUGGGAUCCUGCUGACCUGGCUUCUGGGGGCCUUGGGGCCCAACCCUCAGAAGAGGAGGAGGAAGAUGAGGAGGAGGAGGGUGGCCGAGACUCUGACCUGUCAGAGGAGUUUGAGGACCUGGGAACUGAGGCUUCUCUUCUUCCUGGGGUCCCCGGGGGAGUGGCAGAACCUCUGGGCCAGGUGCCCCCGUUGCUGCUGGAGCCUGCAGCCUGGGAUGCGGAUGAGGAGUCCGAUGGGUUUGCAGAUGAGGAAGAGAGUGGGGAGGAGGGGGAGGAAGAAGAUGAAGAGGGGAGGGAGCCCAGGGCUGGGCGUUGGGGGCCAGGCUCCUCUCUUGGCAGCCCCCAGACCCCAAGUAGCCCUCGGAGAGGGGACCUUCUGGAGUCUGAGGCCAUGGGUGUCAGUGCACCCUGGGAUGACGGCUUGAGGGGUGCGGUGCCCAGUGCCCCCAGGACUGCCCUGGAGACUGAGUCCCAGGACAGCGCCGAGCCUUCUGGCUCAGAGGAAGAGUCUGACUCAGUUUCCUUGGAGAGGGAGGACCAAGGUCCUCUGGAGGGCCCCAGCGGGGCGGGGGGCAUGGGCCCCGCGGCAGGGGACACCCUUGGUAUCAACGGCCGGGGCCCCAACUCGGAGGAGGAGUCAGAACAUGUGACUGUGGGCGUGAUGAAUGGGUUGGAGCAGUGUGAGAGAGGUGGACAGGGAAAGCUGGGGGCCCCUGAGGGGGAGAGAGGGAGCCCCUUGCAGGAGGAGGAGGGGGGUGUCCUGAAGACCCCUUGGGCAGGGGCUCCUCUUCACCUGGGCCCAGGCCAGUUCCUGAAGUUCACUCAGAGGGAAGGAGAUAGAGAUUCCUGGUCUUCAGGGGAAGACUAGAGAAAGAGCUCUCAUCCCUCAUGGAGAACUGGGAGAGAGAAUGUCCCAACCCCCUCCCUGCUCAGGGGCGGCACCCUUAACUUAUGACCCCUUGAACCGUGGAUUCUGUCCGAGAGGCCUGGCCGGCGAAGGGGGAGUAAAGUGUGGCAAAGAGGCCGUUCCAAGCACGGAGGCUCGAGGGAUGCAAACCAACUGCCUGCCCAGGGCCUCCUGCCUGCGCCAGCUCAUAGGCUCUGGUCCGCUAAGUCCCUGUAGGAUGAGCCCCGUUGUCUGCAUCCCAUGGCCUGGAAAAGACCCAGGGGCUCCUCCGGAGGGUGGGGACUGUGUCAUCUUUGUGCCCAGGCCCAGCAGCCAUGCCCACCUCAGGCGUGGCGCACCCUCACGGCCUGUCUGGCUGCUGAAGGUGAGGGCGCUGCCAUGUCCCAACCCCCCGUCCUGCCAUGUUGUGGCCCUGCCUGGCUCACCCCUGCCGGAAUAAAGUAAUGCC